AUGGCAGAGCUAGAUGAGGUGGACCAAGCGGAGCUGCAGCCUCUGGUGGCCACCAAAGAGCAGAAGGCAUGGUUCACUGCAGUGCUUCAGAGGCUAGUCUGGGAUCAAUGAAUGGAGAAGCCCAGGAAUCACCCAGACUCUGGCACUGAAAACGAUCUCUCUAGCUGUGUGGACUGCUUCAAUGACACUACUCUUGCCAUCACCAGUUGGCUUGCCCAGAUCAUACAGAAAGGAGGGCAGUAG